AUGAAGACAUCUCAAGCCGUCGCCAAAUGCGGCAAUUGUGACAAGACAGAUAUCUCGCUGAAGAAGUGUGCCAAGUGCAUGUCUGUGUCCUACUGCGACAGGGAAUGUCAGAAAUCCCACUGGAAGACUCAUAAGAAAGUGUGCGCUAUGCUUGCUGGUGCCACGAAUCCCAAGAACAGUGCUCCAGGCGAGAAGAUCCCAAAGAGGUCCAACUCCAAGCCUUUCACGGCCAUCUACCACAACAAUUUCCUGCAUGACCGUCCAGAGGAAGAGACGUUCAAGAUUCUGAUCGAUAUCCUCCGGAUGCGCCAAGAGGAUACACACGCCUUCGAAGGUAAGGGCGAAGGUUCGAGCAGAGAUUUCUUCUUGGCUAAUUACACCCAGGCGACAACAUGGACGGCUCGAUCUACAACGGAGAGCGCACUUCAGAGAGAGCUUUUCGGCAGUUCCUGCGCAAGGCCAAGCAGGUAGAAGGCUUCCUGCCGCCAUGGUGGAGUGAUGAGAAGGUGGAAGAAUGUGUCCGUUUUGGGCUGCAGAGCAACGACUUCUCGCUUGGCAGCGCACAAGAGAAGUCGGACAUUCAAGAGGCCUGGGGAGACGACAAAAUGCCGAUGAAGUUGCGCAUGCUUGGAGAGAAAGUGUACGGAAACACGCCAGGAACAGGAUCUCAAGGCGGAAGUACCAUGCUGCAGAUGAUGAUGGGAAUGGAAAGAGGCUCGGGCAUGCAUUCGUCCACAUUAGAUAUGGCGCAGCUUUUUGGAGCUCGUUGA